UUCCCUAAAGCCACCACCGUCUUCCUCCCGUCCGUUUCUCGCAUCGGGAGGCGACAAGAGAAUGGCACCGCACUCCCCCGCCGUGAAGCUCCAGUCCCGCGCCGCGCCGGCGCCGUCGUCGGCGAUGGGCGCGCACCGGUGGUCCCGCCCCAUCGCCAAGGGCCCGCCGCGCAAGAUCAGGAUCGUGCACGUCCUGGCGCCGGAGGUGAUCAAGACGGACGCGCGGCACUUCCGCGAGCUCGUGCAGCGCCUCACCGGGAAGCCGAAAGGCGGCGGGGUCGGCGGAGGGGCGUCCUCGUCGUCCUCGUCGCGGUCGCCCGAGAGCGCCGCGGCGGAGUCGUCGUCCCAGCAGCAGGCGGCGGCAGGCGGCUCGUCGUCCGUCGCGGUCGCGGUCGCCCCCGAGGCGGCGGCGGGGGGGACCGUCAAGGCGGAGGUGAAGGAGGAGGACGCCGCGUCGCCGGAGGGCGGGUUCGGGGAGGCGGGGGGCACGGCGACGAACGACGCCUUCUUCCAGGACCUCGACGAGUUCCUCCUCGGCGGAUGGCUUUAGUCUCUGAUCGGUCAGCGGCGCGCCCCCCGUUAGAGCCAAGUCCGAGAACUUUUGCCCCCCGCUGUUGAUGCAUAGGAUGGUGACGGUUAACAGAGAUCCCCCAUUUCGGCCUGGAAUUUUAAGUUAUAGAAUUGGGUUUCCUGCGUCUGUUACUUCUCCAGUUUGUUGAUAUUUCAGUUGUGUUAUUCAAAUUUGAACCCGCACUUGGAAUGGAAAUGGCAGAUUAGUUUGGUUGUUU